CGCCACCUUCCCUGGCUCCCGCUGGGGUCACCUACUGCCCCACGGCGGGGCUGGCUUUCCUUACUAUUCAUUUCAAGCCCCCCCCGGAGGCUGCGCAGCCCCUCAGUCUCCCCGUUCCCCCGCGGCGCGGCCCUGGGCCCGGCCGGGGCCGCAGCAGGCGGGGCAGGGCCGGCGCGGCGCGGCGGCCGCAGGAAGGGGAGGGAAGGCGGCGCGCGGCCGCCGCCAUCAUGCGAGCGCCGCCGGGGCUGUCGCGGCUGCUGCUGGCGGCGCGGGGGUGGGGGCGCCUGGGCGCCAUGUCCCGCUACAGCACGGAACAGCGGGGCCGGCCCAACUCGCCCGAUUACCGCCUCUACUUUAAGAAUGCAGAUGGUAAAUAUAUUUCCCCAUUCCAUGACAUUCCCUUGUUUGCUGGAUCUAAAGAGGAUAAAGAAAUUCCUGCAAAGAGGUCAAAGACUACUGGAUCUGAGGUCCUGUUUAAUAUGGUUGUAGAAGUGCCUCGUUGGACUAACGCAAAAAUGGAGAUUGCCACUGAGGAGCCAUUGAAUCCCAUUAAACAUGAUACAAAGAAAGGCAAGCUUCGAUAUGUGGCAAAUAUCUUUCCUCACAAGGGUUAUAUAUGGAAUUAUGGUGCCCUCCCACAGACCUGGGAAGAUCCAAACCAUACGGAUAACAUUACAGGAUGUUGUGGGGAUAAUGAUCCUAUUGACGUGUGUGAAAUUGGUUCAAAGGUUCGUUCUUCUGGUGAGAUUGUUCAGGUGAAGGUCUUGGGUGUUUUAGCUCUUGUUGAUGAAGGAGAGACAGAUUGGAAGAUAAUUGCCAUCAGUGCUGAUGACCCAGAAGCUCAGAAAAUCCAUGAUAUCGAUGAUGUCAAGAAGCACAAACCGGGUUAUCUUGAGGCUACAAUUGACUGGUUCCAAUUAUAUAAAGUCCCUGAUGGUAAACCAGAAAAUCACUUUGCUUUUAAUGGAGAAUUUAAAAACAAGGAUUUUGCUGUUGAAGUUAUUAAAUCUACCCAUGAACACUGGAAAGCUUUGCUUCAUAAAAAAGUUGAUGGAGGUGCUGUAAAGUGCACAAAUAUCCUGGUGAGUGGCAGCCCAUUUUGUUGCAGUGAGGAGGAUGCCCGAUCGAUUGUGCAGUCAGCACCAGCAUUUAUGAAUGGAGAUCCUAUUUCACCAGAAGUUGAUUCCUGGUACUUUUUUCCCAAGUGAUGAUCAAGAUCUUCUGAAGGUGCAUCAUCAAAUCUUAAAAAUCAUCCCUUUCUUUGAAGAUGGACAAAAGCACUGAUUGUUGGAUUCCUGUUGAAACAACUUUUCAACUUGUGUAAACCUUCUCUAAUGUAAAUAAACUCUGCCAUUAUAAAAUGAA